AUGACAAUGAAACAUUUCUUGUUUUGGAUUGCUGCAGCUGACUUCCUGCUUGUCUUAGCCAUAAGAGGUAAAACUUGGGUUCCAUAUAAAACCCUCCUUACCACGUUACCAGAUGUCCAAGAGGAAAUUGUUAACGUACAUAAUAGCUUCAGGAGAAACGUAACUCCAUCAGCCAGUAACAUGCUGAAGAUGAGCUGGAAUGAGGAUGCUGCAGCAAAUGCCAGAACUUUGUCAAGUCAGUGUAAUCCUGAGAAUAGCUACAUACCUGACAGGCGAGUUGGAGAGAAAUUCUGUGGAGAAAAUAUAUUGUUUACAUAUUCUUCUAUACCAUGGUCAGAUGUAAUUGGAAUCUGGUAUGAUGAGUCACAAUACUUCACCUAUGGGAUAUUGAACAGAACAAAUAAAAGGAUUGACCAUUAUACUCAGGUUGUUUGGGCCACUUCUUAUCUCAUUGGCUGUAGCGUCACCUUAUGUCACCAACGAAGGUCAAAGAGAUUUCUCUAUAUUUGUCACUAUUGUCAUGAGGGAAAUCUUGUUCACCUACUUGAACCUUAUAAAGCGGGAGCCCCAUGUAGUCAAUGUCCUGAUGCCUGUGAAGAUAAACUUUGUAGUAAGUUUUACACAUUCUCUUUACUUAAAAUUGGAUGUAGCCACGUGAUGGUUAGAACAUACUGCAAAGCUAGCUGUCUCUGUACAACUGAAAUAAAAUAA